UAUCAAGACUGCAUGCCUUGCAUUGUCGAGGCCACUGUGCCACACACCACACCGUUCAACUGGUUGGUUCUGGGCACGUCAGCACCGCUCUAAUCAGCUCUCAGAGCGAGCCCCCGUGGCUGAGUCUGGGCCAGUUCCGACCCGCAGAUCCCGGCAAUCUGACAUGGAACCUCGACCCGUCCCUUUUUUUGUUCCAGGUGUCCAGGCAGGCAUCUCCGACCAGCUUCAAUGCCAAAUCCCAAACCAACCAAUUCGGACCCCCUACGACCUAUACGAAGCACCGCAUAGCUACCUAUCCUACAAUCGAAGACCUACAGUAAAUAUCAAUACCAUCGCUAUGCGCAGGUAGCAACUGUGUCCGUUUCCACCAUCUUUCCGCCCCUCCCGGGACACCUAACGCGACCCGCCUCCCUUUGUCACAUCCGUACCUACCUUGCGUACGUCGACACGGCCCGGCACUAGCAAGCAAGCAAGCGUCAAUAGAACCAACACCACCGCGAUGCCUCCCCCCUCCGAAGAUGACGUAUUCCACGAUGCCUCCUCGAACCAAACCGCCUCCUCCCCGCCAACCAUAAUCACCACCCGCCCCUCCACCGACAACGACAACGACAACGACACCAUCGGGGGCCUCAACACCUCCACCAUCCCCCCUCCCCCCUGGACCCCGCGCCCAACACCCCCCGGCGCCCGCCGCCUCUCCACCCGCCGCCCCGGAACCGCCACCACCACCACCAGCAGCACCGCCCCCCACAAACCCUUCCUCACCACCGCCGCCACCACCCUAACCUACCUCUACCGCCAAUACACCCACUGGUACAACGCCCUCCCCAUCCGCUACCAAAUCCUCGUCUCCCUCGCCGGCCUGCUCAUCCUCGUCCUUUCCAUCCUCUUCCUGGUCUACUCCCACCCUUUGCUCGUCGCGCUCGGCGCCGCCGCCCAGUCGUGGCGCGCCGCGCCCCUCGGCUGGCUGCCGCUGUGGCUGGCCACCGUCGCGACGGCGUUCCCGCCCGUCAUCGGCUACUCGACCUGCGUGACGCUGGCCGGGUUCGUGUACGGCUUCCCGCUGGGCUGGCCGAUCGCGGCGAGCGCGACGGUGGUGGGGUCCGCGGCGGCGUUCGUGGCGAGUCGCGGGUGGCUGAGGGGGUAUGUGCACCGGUUGGUGGGCGGGGAUCAGCGGUUUAUUGCGCUGGGGCAGGUGCUGAGGAGGGAUGGGUUGGGGGUGUUGGUUAUGAUUAGGCUGUGUCCGCUGCCGUAUAGCUUGAGUAAUGGGUUUCUGGCGACGGUGGGCAGUAUUGGGGUGGGGCAGUUUGCGCUGGCUACGGCGGGGGCGACGCCGAAACUCCUGGUGCACGUCUUCAUCGGCUCGCGGCUGGCGCUGCUGGCCGAGCCGGGCGACAAGAUGAGCGGGUUCGACCGCGCCGUCAACUACAUCAGCAUGGCCGUCUUCGGGCUGCUGGGCUUUGCCGUGGGGGUGUUCAUCUACCGGCGCACCAUGGCGCGGGCGGCCGAGCUGGCGCGCGAGGCGCAGCUCGAAGCGGGCGAGGCGCUCCUGGACGGCGACGGCGAUCUGGAGCAGGGCGUGAUGGGUGACGAUCUGGAGAACGGGAGGAUGGUGGAUCCGGACGAGCUGGAUGCUGCUGCGCUGAUGGACGACGACGAUAUCUCGCUGUGGGAUGCCUCGGGCGACGGGUAUCACGAUAGUUGGGACGAUGAGCCGGUGGGCAACGGCUUCGGUUCGAACGGGCAUGGAAGCGAAGGUAUAAACGGCGCAAAGAAAUAGGUGUCGUUGUCAGAUUUGUACUUGACGGUUUUUUGGUUUAGCUGGCUGGUUGAUUGUUCGGUUCCCACAUGGUGGCGUUGGAGUAGACAGGCGUUUGCGUAGGGUUCAGGUUCAGUGUCAAUAGAAGAGACCGUCUUGGAAAGAGUAACA